UAUAACAAUUCCGUACACACAUACCUGUUCUGAGUUAAAAAGUCGAUUUUUCACACGAAAAUUACACAGAGGUGCAGUGAAUGGAUGGCGAAAGUGAAAAUAACAGUGGAGAAAGCCAAAGGACUAGGCAAAAAUAAACACAAACUAAAUUAAAUAAUAGCUUGUAUAGAAGUAAUAGGUUAAAUAAUAAUAUUUAAGAUCGUUCUGUCGCUCCAAAACGGUACUCAUUUGAAAAACUCAUACGUACACACAUACAUAGAUACAUACAUUCUAAGAAGUUAAGACGACGAACAUCGAUACUCGAACAAUUCGAAGGCCUAAUUAUGUGGUGAAGAGCAACUUUAAACUUUAGGUAUACACGUAUAUUAGGUUAAUCGUAUAAUUAGUGAAUUAAAAAGCAUGAAAACUGCGAAGUAAGCAGUCCGCUUGGUCGCUCACCCCAUUCCAAACGGUGCAACGAACGCACUGCAACAGUGCACUGAAUUGUACGUGGGCGACAAUAAUCCCUUAAAUGCUGAUGCUGAUGGCGAACAAAUGGUCCUUGUGCAUUUCCACACUUACAUGGCUGACAUUGCUCUCAGUUACCAAUUCAGUCCGGAUAACAAAUCUCAAAGUCCCUCACACGUACACUUUGGAACGAAACACCGAACCUGAUCCUUUGGUGCUGGAUUGUGAGUACGAAGUGGAGCCGCGCGAAAAGGGGUUUGUGUUAAAAUGGCUGUUCAACAAUCACUCCAUAUACCAAUGGAUACCAUCAGUAAAGGGUUUUGCCAUGGGCAUAAUGAAGUCCAAAAUAGAUACAAAAAUAUUCACAAUGGAAGGCAGUCCCGGAGUUAUAACCAUAAAGAAGCCAGAUUGGAAUAUGACUGGGGAGUAUACUUGCACAGUCCAAACGUUCGAAUCCACAGAUAAGAAAAGUGCUCGUCUGCAAAUAAUUGUUCCUGAGUCCGAUUUCGUGUUAGAAACGAAAAUGGAUGGAGAACAAAAUGGCGUGGAUAUAAUGUGUGCGGUGCAAAAUGUGUUUCCCCUACCUAAACUAUCUGUAAUGUUUGAUACCAAAAAAAUAGAUUCAGUUCUGACGCACACUGAUCAGAAUUCUAGCGGUUUAUACAGCACGACAGUUAGAACGAGAAUUCCACGAGAUAGAUUAGAAUCGCCUACACCGAUCACUUGUGCAUUUUUUCUUCUUGGUACCAAUUAUACCAAGAGGAGAGAAACAAUUUUCUAUGAUAAAGCAACAAAUAUACAACGCAAGUGGACUACGGUUGCCGUAGUUAUAUCGAUUGCAUCCUUAACAUUGAGCAGUUAGUUUGAUAGAGCAUUUUUGUUCAUUUAUUAUUGUAUAUUUUGUUUAGAAUUUUAAUGGAAACUAAAUUUUGCGGUAUUUUCAAAAGUGCUUAUUUUGUAAAUGCAUGUAAAUGUCAUAACAAAACAAAUUAAAAACCAUAUUCAUAUUUUUAUGUAUGUAUAAGU